CGACGGGCGGAGCCUAGGUCGCCGCUGCCCGGUCGUUAUGUCCUUGGUUGCUCUGCUCUGCGCGGGCCGCGCCCGGUGGUGGCUCCCCGCCGGGAGGCUGGCCAGGCUUCAUGUCAGUUCUCAUAGGAACCUUCAGUAUGGCUGGACAGCAUUUAUUUUGGGAGAUAAAGCUAGCACAAAGUUCACUGAAUACAGCAAAGUCUUCACAGUGGAUGGUAAUCUGCAUGCUGGCACAGCGAAACUUGCCCAACAGGUGGCAGAAAGAUUUGGUUUGCGAUAUUUCCCAGAAGCCGAUGUACAUCUAUUAGACAGACUCACAGGAGAUGGAAAAGAACUUGAUUCAAAAUAUAAUGGCAGUUGCUGUCUGGAGACAUUUUACAAUGAGCCUAAGCAUCCAAAUGGAAACUCUUACCGACUUCAAGCUUGGAUGUACGGGACCCGCUUUCUACAGUAUGCAGAUGCUCUAGACCAUCUGUUGAGUACAGGACAAGGAGUAGUGCUGGAACGCUCCCCCUACAGUGACUUCGUUUUCUUGGAGGCGAUGUCAAAGCAAGGCUACAUUCACCCAAGGUGUGUGAAACACUACUAUAGGAUGAAGAACCUUAGUAUUUGUGAGGUUCUGCCUCCUCACUUGGUCAUUUAUGUUGAUGUGCCUGUCUCAGAAGUUAAGAAAAGGAUCGAAAAGAGAGGCGAGCCAUGUGAAAAAAAAGUGUCAGCAGCUUAUCUUCAAAGCAUUGAAAAUGGCUAUAAGAAAUCUUUCCUGCCACAGAUGAGCGAGACCUCUGAGAUCUUGCAAUAUACAGCCAGUGAAGCUGACAAUGUGGACAGAAUUAUUGAAGAUAUCGAGAUCCUGAAAUUUGAUAAAGGGCCUUGGCUUGUACAAGAUGACGUUUCUUUGCAUUACUUGAGGUGUCGUGUUAAUGACAAAUUAAAAAUUAUGAGUCCUAUAGCUGUUCCUGACUACAUUCCUGAAGUCACAAUAGGAGGCCUUGAUGCUGAUAAAAUCUUCCAUAGUUAUAGGGAGCUUCCUGGACGUAAGUAUGCAUCUGGUUACAAUGCUGAUGUGGGAGACAAGUGGAUCUGGCUAAAAUAGCCCAUUUCCUUUUGAAGAAUCAAGCUGGCCACAGAAGGAUGAUGAAGCUCCUGUUAAUCAGCCAGCUGUAAAUAGGCAACAUUUACAACAUUUACAUCUUUAGCAAAGGUGACGGGCUUCAGCUGGGAGAAUGAACCAGUCAAGAAGAGGAAAGUGCCUUCACCUUCACUCAAGAUUAUUCUCAGCUGAAUCCCCUUAAGAAGGCAGUAAAGGAAGGAACCACUGUGGCAAGCUUGCUGAAUAAAAUGGGAUCUAAUCAAAACUGGGGCGUGCUAUAUUCCUGGCUGAAAAAAUAAAGUCCCUCAGUGUA